GCGAUCUAGCCCAGCUACUGAUCCGGUUUAGCGCUUACAGUUCCUGUCCCUAAUUCCGGACAUGUAAUCGAUGAUUGAUCUGCACAUUUGCGUCGAGUUUCAAAUCGCGUGCUGCACAAGUAAGUCAUCGAGUCGGGAAAUACUGACUGUGAUCUGAUGAUGCCAUAGACACUGCCCCGAGCGUGCAUUAUUCGGAAGCGGUGUUAAACGAUCUCAAUUAGAUUUGAGCGGGGCAGUACAGUGCGUCAGGUCGCACCGAGUGGCUAAAGUUCCGUGAUGAUUAAUAACGUACACUAAUUACGUUAAGUGAAACAGCAACACCGCACUAAGCAGCGUCACAGGUGUAUUCUAACUUAGCUGUGUUGUAUUCCAGCCCAAAAUAAAACACCAUCAACAUCAGCUAACCGAACAAUCGAUGCGUCUAUUUCGCGUUCCCACGAGUGUAUCAGUCCAGUAGUAGAAACGCGUAUUUAAAACAUUCGUCUACGAUCAUUUUCCGGCUCAGUCAGUACAGGUGUUGGAAGCUGCACACAUCGAUCGUGUUGAACGAGGUUUUUUGUUUGUUAGUGAACUUUAUUUUGUGUGAAAGAAACAGUAAAAGUGCAACAUGUUGUCGAAAGGCCAAACUUUGCUGCUGGUAGUGUUUGCUGUUGCCGUUUUCGGUACCGUUGCUGUACAAGGUGCCGCGCUGAACCGAACUCCACGGCAGCUUAGCAGUCUACUUACACUCAGCGGUGAAUCGAAUGCUAGAAUAGAAAAUGGUACCAUCAUUUGUGACACGCUCACAUGCCCGCCGGAAUCGUUCAAGUGUGUGAUCGUCAAAAACUCAACCAAGGACGACGUAAACAAGAUUCAAGUGACACGCGAGUGCCUUGAUCCGGCGGGCAAGGCAACGGCGAAGACGGUCACCAGCGAACCGUCCAGCUUCCCGGGUCAGCAGUUCGAAAGCUAUGCCGAAAUCGAUAAGAAUGGCAACAUUGCAUCGUUCGACAAUCGGGGCAACACGUACAAUCACUCCGGUAGCGGUGACAUUCAUUCCUAUCUGUACGAGCAGAUAGAGGACCUGCACAAGGCGAUACUGGAUCAGCUGAGCAAUGCCGGCAAUCCCUUUACUGCGUCGUGAUAAGCUCUUAAGCUCUUGCUGCAAUACAAUAAAGUUGUUUCGUUACAAACGUUCGUCAAA